CGCGGGCAGAAAGACUAAGGACGGAAAUAAAGCUCUUGAAGCUCUUCUGCGCUGAAAAGCGAUGGGGGGAGGCGGAUGGAGAAGGAUGGUAAGUGGAGGUGGGAGAGCUGGGCGGAAGUGAGAACGAGAGAUGUCACACCCUCGGGAGCCAUCGAUUAAGUCAGCGCUUGUUUAUCCCUUCCUUUCCUCUCUCUUCCACCACGCGCUCGCCCUCUGUCCACCACCCUCGCCAUCCCACCUCGUUAAGCCAUCACACAAAUCCGUCGACUGAUACCCCUCUGCGGUCCGUCUCUACACCAUUUCGAAAUCACAAUGGCUUCCCUAGGAACCAAGCGCAAGUCCGCCGACGACGCGUACCCCAACAAUGAGGCUCGAACACCCUCGCCCAGCCCGCCCCAGAAGAAACUUCGGAUCACACGAAACCAGAAACAGGCUUUGAUCGAUAAUUUGCAACUUGAGGUCACCGAAAGAGCUCGCAAACUACGCGCCCAAUAUGCCCUCCAGGCCAGUGAUCUCCGUGCUCGAAUUGAACGGCGUGUCAACCGAAUUCCCGUGGCUCUGCGAAAGGCAAAUAUGGGCGAGUUGUUGGAGAAGCAUAAUGCGGCGAUCCGGGCACAGCACGAGAACGGCUCACCCAGGAAAUUCAUGAGCCCCAUCAAGGGAUCCCGAGGUCUCACGGCCAUUUCCAUGAGCCCUGCGAAGCACAGGGCUGCAGCAGCUAGUCCUCAGACUCGCAGGGCUAAAAAACAAAGCCACGAAGGUCAUUACUCCGACAAGGAGAACGCCCCUGCUGCGGGAGAAUCUCUGGAUGUGUUGAAGAACCCCAAGCGACGCGGAAAGCCGGGCGCUGCUGCUGGUACCUCGCGCGUCGUGUCCCAAGAAGUCCGAGGGGCAGACUUCAGAAUCUUGUCCCCCAAAUCCUCCAACUCCCGAACCUACCCCCAAUCGCCGUUGCGCGCCUCUCCCGAAAAGCCCACGACUUCGUCCUACCUGUCGCGUCCCAUGUCGCCGCUCAAGCCGUCUAGUCCGCUCAAGUCCACAUCGGCUGCUCUGCCCGGAUCGGCCGUGCGACCAGCGCGUACCGCUCCUUCGGCCGCCUCCUCUAUUAGACCCCCUUCGCAAGCACAAACCAAGCGGCCGGUUAGCCGGGCUGCGGCGAGCGUGCGGUCUGUUCAUUCGCCUUUGCCGCGACCUGCAACGCGCCAAUUAGAGCGCCGAGGUAGCGUCUCGUCCUCCGCAUCGUCCGGGACAACCGUUGCCAAGCCGACGCGCACUGGCACAGGCGCCAGGAAGGCGACGACUACAUCCGCGACCAGCGUCCCUGCUAAGAAGACCGUCGCGCGCAACCAGGUUCCCUCCACCUCUGCCAAGCGGAAUACGGCUUCGGCAACCCGGAAACCAACUGCGGCUGCAGGAGGUGAAGCUCCAACGGGCCGCAGAGUGCUGCGCAAACGGGCAUAAACAAGACAUCGUGAACUCUACACUCAUGUGCUUGAAAAGCAGUUCAUCGGGUCUUGACAAUGGCUGACAUGACUUAUUAUUCGAAAGGCGAAUCAUUGGCGCAUCAGGGACGGUACAUGGGAGUUUUAACUAUGCCACUUGCAUAGUCUGCGGUCUUGUUUGGGUUUGAACAAAUUUCUAGCUUGUCUUUAUUGCAUGCGCAUUUAUUCUGGUUUGUGAGACUUUCUCAGGUGUUUGGCAUUGAUCAUUGGGGAUUCAAUCAAUGGGACUGCAUGUUUACCUUUUAGUUUUUUUUUCUUCCUUCUUGAGGUUCAUUGAUUUAAUUGAGCGCGAUCGAUUCC